CGGAGGUUACAUUUUGGUUUGAAAAGUUACACCAACCAAUUCUUUACAUUAACUGUCUGACAAUACAAAAAAAUGACAGACAGAAGUUCUUCGGAUCUCUUAACACAAUAUAAGGCCAUUUCUAGUAAACUUAAGAAGAAAUUUUCAAGAAAAAGUAAUGUUUCUGAGCCUAAUGAUCAAUUCGCUGCACAAUGUGAGAAAAGCGAACUGCCUCAAUAUGCUGCUCUUAAAUGGUUAGCGGUUGCGAAAAAUGAAGCUUCAUUAGGACAUACAAAUGAAGAAGCCAUUGCAUUGCUCAAAGCAGGGAGGCUUUUUCUUGAGGCCGAAAGAAAAAAUAUAAUAGGAUGUGAUGAAAAUCUCAAAGGUGCGAUGACGUGCUUUAACCAAGUUGAAAAACUGUGGGGCGAUGAGAACCCACUGACUGCUGCCCUCUGCCUAGAAAUAGGCACGGCAAUGGAGUCAAUUGAUCCACAUCGUGCCGUUCUAUAUUUUGAAAAGGCUGUUUUGCUGAUGAACCAUUGUCCUCAUCUACAUCUUCAAGCACUGAAAAAAUUGUCUUCGGCAAAAGUUGCAACAGGUGAUUUCCACGGUGCUCUUACUGCAUUUACAGCGAUAGUUAACGUAGUAAAUAAAAUCACAUCAUCACCUUUUGGAGUUUACAAAGACAUUUUGCUCAGGUGUGAAAUAUCGAGGGUAUUGCUAAUUUUGAUUCUCCAACCUACUCCUCAGAAUAUUCCUCUCGAUUUACAAAAGUUUAUCGAAAAAUAUACCUGGAUCGGUGAACCGGACACAGUGACAGUGUCUUGGAUUGGAGAAGAACUGUUCUUCCUUUUGCAGUCGCUUGUAAUGGCAUGUCAGUGUCAAGAUCUUGAGGCUGUUCACGAUCUAGAGAAUGAUUUAUGGAGAUAUUUUAGUAAUGAGCAAAAAGGCAUGCUCAAUUCUAUAAUACAAAUAAUGGAAAAUUCUGAGAAAUAAUUUCCAUUUCAAACUAACUUAUAUAAUCCCCCAUCGAUGUACAUAUGUCAUGUUAUUAUUUAUUGUUACUUCUUUUGUUUAAAAUAUCUUUUAUUAAAUAUUUGUAAAUGUUCAAA